CCUCGACCUGAACUUCAACGUCAGGCGGUCAUUGUUUCAUACCUGCUCAUAUUUUUGCCCUGUAUGAGACGGAAUAAUCUGCACAGUCAUUCUUGUGAUUACUACAAUUCAUUCAGAGUGGCCCCCCCCCUAUUUCGUGAAAUGCUCUCAUGCGGCCACAUGAACUUGCCACAACCAUCCAUUGCUAUGCGCGUGGCCAAAGACAUUCAACAUUCACUACGCCCCCAAGAUCUUGGAGCUCAAAGUGCAUUUUCUCCAUAUACAUACCGAAGAAAUCAAUGCCUGGAAUACAACUCUUUGACGGCUUCAUUUAAGGAGAGCUGGUGCAGAUGAGCACCUCGCCCCCAGUUCUUCAUUGCCGAUACCUACCAAAUGCUUCGUCUAGCCCUUAUUCAGAGGGGGCUAGUAUGCACCAAGUCGCAUGAAGUUCAGGUUACACUUGAGCUAUGAGCUGCUCUCGGAACCAUGGUCGAACAUCAUCAAUCAUUGCCGGCUCUCUGGUGAGAAAAUAGCGCGGUCGUGUCCUCCAAGCGAUAGAAUGCAAGCACCGUCUUGUGCAACCUAUUCGGUGCUAGAAUGCAGGUUCUACAGCAAAUUGGAUAUCAGUGUCUAUACUCUCUAUCCGCAAGUGCUAGGGGAUUAUUAAAACGAAGCUUUGGUUUUUGUAUCACCUUCCUGAUUCGAUGUUCAGCUCGCUCGUGUCUGCUUCUCAGUCAGCGACGAGCGUUAAGUGCUACAUCACAUUUGCACCUUUGCAAGUUCAGUAGUCAGCCUUGAUUGAUCGUUACGACCGUAACGAGUUAUGCGAAGCACCAUUUGUGGUAAAUGAUCAGAUCAUGAAGACACAUAACAUAGCUUACUUGGUGAGAGUUGCAGCAAGCUAGAGUUACUGUCAGUUAUCUUUCUAUAUAUGCUUGUCUUUUCCUCCCGAUUCUAGGCGAUAAAAUCAGCAACAGCAGUUCAAUACAGACAAGACUUCAAAAUGUUGGCUAUCCUCGCUCUCAUCUCGGUCGGACUUCCUUUGCUUGUCCUUGGAUCACCAAUCAAUGCCGAACAGCACUCUACAACACCAACUCGAGCAAGUUCUUUCGCACCUGCUCAAUGGGUUCAUCCAGGUUAUGUCGUCGACAAAGAUCAACUUGACUUUGUGAAAGGCCAGGUCGCCGGCAAAGCUCAACCAUGGACCAAUGCUUACAACCAGAUGCUCAAGGAUAGCGAUAAGUACGGCAAAUACGUGUCUGGUACUCGGACUUCCGAGACAGUGUCAAGCGUAUCAUGUGGUCCCACGACAAACCCUGAUAUUGGAUGUACUGAGGAGCGUGGUGAUGCUUUGGCAGCUUGGGCGAAUGCUCUUGCUUGGUACGUGAGCGGCGACAACAAUUAUGCAAAGAAUGCAAUCAAGUUGAUGAACAAGUGGUCGUAUGCCAUCAAAGGUCAUGCUCUCAGUAAUGAGAUUCUCCAGACAGCCUGGGCAGGUGGGUCUUGGGCACGAGCAGGAGAAUUGAUCAGACACACCACUUCCGGACUUUGGGCUGCGAAAGACAUCACUCAAUUCGAAAAUAUGCUUCGCAACGUAUAUCUCCCAGUCGUCAAAAAUGGCGAACCAAAGGCUUCAAAUUGGGACGUCGCGUGCCUCAACACUGCUAUUGGCAUUGCUGUUUUCCUUGAAGAUAGUGACGCGUACGACAAUGCCAUGCAGAUUUUCCAGCAAGCUGUACCGUCGGUCAUCUAUCUCGAGUCAGAUGGAUCGCUUCCACGCGCUGCACGAGGACAAAGUUCAAGUGCCUCAGCGUUAAAGUCUCGCUGGUUCGACCAGCAAAGCUUCGGAAAUUCUGGGCAGAGCGGACAAAUACAGGAAACCUGUCGAGAUCUCACGCACACCGGCUACAGUAUCAGCAGCAUCUCUCACAUCCUCGAAACCUCUCGCAUUCAAGGUCUCGAUCAAUACACCACCGAAAUCGGCACACGUCUUCGCUUCGCUCUAGGAUUCCACGCGCAGUUUGCUCAGGGUGUUUCUCCGCCGUCUUGGUUGUGCCAGAAUAAAGGUCUGACAAGGGAUCUAUCGAGUGUGACGGAGAUUGGAUUCAAUGCACUUUCAAAUCGCUUAGGAAAUAACAUGCCGAGGACACAGGCGUAUACGGAGAGGAUCCGGCCGCAGGGCACGAAUUCUUUGUUCUAUGGGUGGGAGACUUUGACGCAUGCGGGAAAUCUUGCUUGAUUUCAUAGCAGUGCUCAUAUCACACACUGGAAGCGUAACGAUUGCGCUUGUGAUGGGACGUAUCUAGGUAAAGUCGAUAUUCCACAAACCACAUUCUUUUGGGAGGAAAAUGCUACGUAGAGCACAGGU